AUGCCCCAUUGCGCAGGGGAGAAAUCCAGAGAGGGACCAGCAGGGGCCGUUCGACUGGGGGAACUGAAGCCUCCCGUUUCCCGGGUAGAUCUAUCGGUAGAUUCUUCGUUGAGAUGCGAUAAGGUUAACGAUGUCUACAUCCCAAGAUUCAGGGACAGCAAAGGCCCUAGAGGAUUCGCAUUCGUUCGAUUCCACUAUGAAACGGAUGGUAGGGCGGCAAUAGGGGUAUUGAAUGGAAAGAAAAUCGAUGGAAGAGAGGUUUCAGUUCAGGUAGCCAACCCUAAAUCUAAUGUCCCUAAACUGGCAAAAUCCAGUCGCCCUAACUCGCAGCAACAGAGGCCUUUACCAUCCUUCAACCACCCGCCAACAAGAGCUAGAUUGUAUGCAGAAACCAUCAAAAUUGGGAAGGAUGAUAGGAAAGAAAGCAAGCGCCUCCCGCGACUUCACCUCAGUGGCCGACCCAGGAGCAGUGAAUAG